AUCCAAUUCGGCCCAGAAAGAGGGUUGCAGUCUCCAUCGCGCCAGGCACGCUUCCCACACCUGCGAAUAUUCUCGCCGCCGGUUAGCCGUCUUUACCAUCGGCCAACGACGCCGCCGCUAACACGCGGCAUUCAGUGCUCCGUGCGACCGUUUCCAUACGGCAGAUGAGGGUUCGUAGAGUAUCUUCACGGUGGACGGGUGGGAUUACUAGUCCGGAUUCAGAUCCAUAUGGAGUACAUAUAUAGAUGUGAUUUGCAAAUUGCCAGCUAUUGUAUUUGAAAUUUAAACAGAUUUGUUAUUUUCCAGGGUAUAAUCAUGAGUUCAAAAACUAAGAGGAGGACCGUGACAGAGAAUGGCGAUACAACCGAGGAUACUGUUCUGGUAACUAUGAUAAAUAAUGGAGAUGAUUUAGGUCCUUUGGUGAGGCAUUCUUUUGAUGGUGGGAAGCCGGAAGCGCUCCUACAUCAGCUUAAAAAUGUUGUCAAGAAGAAAGAAGUUGAAAUAGAGGAGCUUUGCAAACUUCACUAUGAGGUUUUUAUUCUUGCUGUGGAUGAGCUUCGUGGUGUGUUAGUUGAUGCUGAAGAGCUCAAAAGUGAACUUGCCACUGAUAAUUUUAGAUUACAAGAAGUUGGAAGCUCCCUACUCUUGAAACUCGAAGAGCUUCUUGAGUCCUAUUCCAUUAAAAAGAAUGUUACCGAAGCCAUUAAGAUGUCCAGGAGUUGUGUCCAAGUGCUGGAGCUUUGUGUCAAGUGCAAUAUCCACAUUUCUGAAGGUCAAUUUUACCCUGCUUUGAAAGCUUUAGAUGUAAUUGAGAAAAGUUAUUUGCAGAACAUUCCUGUGAAGAAGAUCAGGGCAAUCAUUGAGGCAAGAAUACCGUUAAUAAAGUCACACAUUGAGAAGAAAGUUUGCACUGAAGUGAAUGAGUGGCUAGUCCAUAUAAGGAGCACUGCCAAGGAUAUUGGUCAGACUGCCAUUGGAUAUGCAGCAUCAGCUCGUCAGAGGGAUGAAGAUAUGCUGGCUCGUCAAAGGAAGGCCGAGGAACAGAGUUGUUUGGGUUUGGGAGAUUUUACAUAUAGCUUGGAUGUGGAAGAAAUCGAUGAGGAAUCCAUUUUAAAAUUUGAUCUCACACCACUUUACAGAGCGCACCACAUUCACAAAUGUCUUGGAAUCGCCGAGCAGUUUCGUGAAUACUACUUCAAAAACCGAUUCUUGCAGCUAAGUUCAGAUUUACAGAUUUCUUCAUCCCAACCAUUUCUUGAAUCACAUCAGGCCUUUUUGGCUCAGACUGCAGGGUAUUUUAUUGUUGAGGAUCGGGUAAUGAGGACUGCUGGGGGGCUUCUAUUACCAAACCAACUCGAAACAAUGUGGGAAACUGCAGUUACCAAAGUUACUUCAGUCCUGGAGGAACAAUUUUCCCAUGUUGAUAGCGCCAGUCAUCUUCUCUUGGUCAAAGACUACGUCACACUCUUUGGGGCAACCCUUAGACAGCAUGGCUAUGAAGUCAGCUCAAUCCUCGAGACACUCAACAGUAGUCGCGAGAAAUAUCACGAACUGCUUUUGGCAGAGUGUCGGCAGCAAAUCAUUGAUAUAAUCACUAAUGAUACUUAUGAACAGAUGGUAAUGAAAAAGGAGUCAGAGUACCAAGCAAAUGUAUUGGUGUUCCAUCUUCAGACCUCUGAUAUAAUGCCAGCAUUCCCUUUUAUUGCCCCUUUCUCUUCAAUGGUACCUGAUUGCUGUCGAUCGGUUAGAACAUUCAUCAAGGAUUCAGUUAAUUAUCUAUCUUAUGGAAGCCAAAUGAACUUCUUUGAUUUUGUUAAGAAGUACUUGGAUAAACUCUUAAUUGACGUCCUAAAUGAAGCAAUACUCGAUACGAUUCACAAUGGCACAACUGGUGUGUCUCAGGCAAUGCAAAUUGCUGCAAAUAUAGCUGUUCUUGAAAGAGCAUGUGAUUAUUUUCUCCAACAUGCUGCCCAACAAUGUGGGAUACCUGUCCGAUCUGUGGAAAGACCUCAAGGCAGUUUGACUGCCAAGAUUGUUCUAAAAACAUCAAGGGAUGCUGCAUAUCUUGCUUUGUUAAGCUUGGUGAAUGCCAAGCUGGAUGAGUUCAUGUCACUCACUGAAAAUGUGAACUGGACAGUAGAAGAUGCUCCUCAGCAAGGAAAUGAGUACAUUAACGAGGUGCUUAUUUACCUGGACACUCUUAUGUCCACUGCUCAGCAAAUUUUACCUCUUGAUGCUCUAUAUAAAGUUGGGAGCGGUGCACUUGAGCAUAUUUCCAACUCAAUUGUAGGAGCAUUUCUUAGUGACAAUGUGAAAAGAUUCAACGCAAAUGCUGUGGUUGGCAUCAAUGGGGAUUUGAAGGCAUUGGAAGCUUUUGCUGACGAGAAGUUCCAUAGCACUGGGUUGAGUGAGAUAUAUGGUGAAGGAAGUUUCCGAGGAUGCUUGAUAGAGGCUAGACAAUUGAUAAACCUUCUGCUAAGCAGUCAACCGGAGAACUUCAUGAAUCCUGUGAUUAGGCAGAAGAACUACAAUGCUCUAGAUUAUAAAAGGGUUGCUACUAUUUGUGACAAGUACAAGGACUCUGCUGAUGGAAUGUUUGGAAGUCUUUCAAGAGGAAAUGCCAAGCAAAGUGCCCGGAAAAAAUCUAUGGACAUGCUGAAGAAAAGACUCAAGGAUUUCAACUGAGAAAUCCUAAUAUAUGGAUUAGGAAGUAACAUUUUUUGUGUGGCUAAAAAUAAAUGAAACUCUUUUAUUUUAUGCUGAUUAUUUAAAUUUAUUCACUUUAUUGAGCUGAACCCUUAACCUGUCCUGAUCCCAUGAUUUAUUUCCUCUUCAUUUCCCCUUUUCCUAAUUCCAUUUUGGUGUUAGUAUGAAGAAGAGAAAUAAUGCUGCCACUGAUUUGCUGGAGUAAGUGCAGUGUAUUCCAGAGCUGCUAUUUCAAAAAAUAACACUUUCGCCAAUUCCCACAGCUGCAAUUAGUAUUUCAAGG